AUGCCAGCAGACUCAAAACCAUCGACUGCUACUCGUCACAGGUCGCAACGCCGCGACGGACAGAAACCAUCGUCACACACUACACGACCACUCAAGCGUCGAUCAGAGACUCCAGGAUCAAAUGUCAAUAAAAUUUCAAUUGGAAAACCAGGCGAGACUAAACAUAUAGGCAGUAGCAAAAAGCGUAAGCGCAUGUCAAGUCCAAACACGAUCAAAGUCGCCCCAUCAACCACCAUUGUAUCCGAUGCAGACCUAUCGACUGAUGCAACUCUCAUGACUGCAGAUAUACAAACAUCAUCUCCGCAAGCCGCUUCAUCCGUAUCUUUACAGUCAAAACGAUCUCGCCGUCUUCCUCGAACUCUUGCUGACUGUGGUGUGGAUUACAUUGAUCACCAAUCAGCUCCCUAUUUGGAUCGUGAAGGACCAACUCAAUACACAUCAUUAAUCAAACACCUUCUUUCGGCCAAACUUCAACAGAUAAUGACUCCAAAGCCUAGUUUGCGUCUUAUUAUUGUAUGCUCAUCUGCCGAACGCACGUUGGAGAUUAUCAAGGGGUUAAAAGUACAUUUGCCAAAUGUAAGAAUACUAAAGCUUUUUGCUCGACAUAUCAAAUUAGAAGAGCAAGUUGGAUUAGCAAACUCCAAAAUGUUUCCCAUUGGUGUCGGUACUCCACACCGAAUAGCAAAACUCUUAAUGGAAGAUGCAGCUCAACCUGGACUAUCUAAACUCAUGCACGUCGUGUUUGAUCAAUCUUGUAUGGAUUCAAAGAAACUGCAGCUGUUUGAUUCUGCUGAUAAAGAAUUGGCCGAGAUUUUGGCAAUUGCUACCCAAUCCAAGUGGGGAUUGCAUGGAGUAUAG